AGAGCAGCUGGCGCGCCCCGAUCUCAGGAGCUGCCGGGGCGGCGGCGGGCGGCGGGCCCGGCCGGGGUAGGUGCGCGGCGGCCGCGGCGGCCGCGGCGGCGGCGGGGACGCGGGCACCAUGGUGCUGUCGGUGCCCGUGAUCGCGCUGGGCGCCACGCUGGGCACGGCCACCAGCAUCCUCGCGCUGUGCGGGGUCACCUGCCUGUGCCGGCACAUGCAUCCCAAGAAGGGGGUGCAGCGGGAGCGGGACCCGGAUCCGGAGAAGGCGAGACCCGGCGUGCUCCGGUCCGCACAACAGUUCAAUGUUAAAAAGUCCACGGAGCCCGUCCAGCCCCGAGCCCUCCUCAAGUUGCCAGACAUCUACGGACCCAGGCCGGCUGUGACAGCCCCGGAGGUCAUCAACUAUGCGGACUAUACCCUGAGGACCACGGAGGAACCUGUUGCACCUGCCAGCCCCCAGGCCCCGAAUGACAGCCGCCUCAAGAGGCAGGUCACAGAGGAACUGUUCAUCCUUCCUCAGAAUGGUGUGGUAGAGGAUGUGUGUGUCAUAGAGGCCUGGAACCCAGAGAAGGCCGCCAGUUGGAACCAAGCCCCCAAACUCCACUACCGCUUGGACUAUGACCAGCAGAAGGCGGAACUGUUUGUGACUCGCCUGGAAGCUGUGACCAGUGGCCACGAUGGAGGCUGUGACUGCUAUGUCCAAGGCAGCGUGGCCAACAGGACGGGCACCGCAGAGGCCCAGACGGCCCUGAAGAAGCGGCAGCUGCACACCAUGUGGGAGGAAGGUCUGGCGCUCCCCCUGGCGGAGGAGGAGCUCCCCACAGCCACCCUGCUGCUGACCCUGCGGACCUGCGACCGCUUCUCCCGCCACAGCGUGGUCGGGGAGCUCCGCCUGGGCCUGGACGGGGUGUCUGUGCCUCUGGGGGCCGCCCAGUGGGGUGAGCUGAAGACUUCAGUUAAGGAACCAUCUGCAGGAACUGGAGAGGUCCUUCUAUCCAUCAGCUAUCUCCCAGCUGCCAACCGCCUCCUGGUCGUGCUCAUUAAGGCCAAGAACCUCCACUCCAACCAGCCCAAGGCGCUCCUGGGGAAGGAUGUCUCUGUCAAGGUCACCUUAAAGCACCAGGCUCAGAAGCUGAAGAAGAAGCAGACCAAACGGGCCAAGCACAAGAUCAACCCCGUGUGGAACGAGAUGAUCAUGUUCGAGCUGCCGGAUGGCCUGUUGCAGGCCUCCAGCGUGGAGCUGGAGGUGCUGGGCCAGGACGAGGAGGGGCAGAGCUGUGCGCUUGGCCGCUGCAGCCUGGGCCUGCACGCCUCGGGCUCCGAGCGCAGCCACUGGGAGGAAAUGCUCAAAAACCCCCGGAGGCAGAUCGCCAUGUGGCACCAGCUGCGUCUGUAGCCAGCUGCCUGGGCUCCUCCCUUGUCGGGCACAGCCCCGCCCCUCCAGCCCCACUGUGCUCCGCGACGUCUUCUUUGUGCCCCAUCCUCAUCCCGACACCCGGGGGACAGAUGUGUUUGCAAAGGCCAGGACCCCGCCCCUCUCUUCUUACACUCUCAUUUCUAAAACAUGAGCGAGGCAGGGCCGGGGGUGGACACGGGACAUUUGGGUCCCACUGAGGAAUGCGUUUGGCUCCUCUGUGCUGUUGAAGAGACGCCUGUCAAAUAACAGCCCACGGGCAGGUUUGGCCGGUGGGGUCCGGCCGGAUGCAGAGAGAGCUUAAGGUGGGGAAUAAUGUGCGUGCAGAAGGUGGCUCUUUAAAAAGAGGCGUUUCAAAAAUGAUGGAGGAAAUAAAGUAUCCUGGAUCAACUCGGAGAAUCAGGGAUUGUCGGGGUGGGAUGAAAUCGGCAUUAAAUCACGCCCCCGACCCGGUCGUGGCAGGAACCGAGCAGUUCUCAAACCUUAGUGUGUAAAGAAUCACCAGCACAUUCCCCGGGCCCACCCGUCGACAUUCCAAGUCGAUCUUCCUGGCCGAAACCCAGGCACCUGCAUUUUUAACCAGCGCCGAGGGGUUUUGAUGCCGAGGUUGCAGCACCGCAUUGGGAGAAAUCCCUUCUACGGCAUUCCGGACAGGUUUUUCGCAGUCCUUGUCGGGGCUGCAGUCCCCAGGGGCAGCCAGUUCCAGUGCAGGACAUCUCAGCGGGCAGUGUGAAAUGUGGGAGGCCUGUCCGUUUCUUUCAUUUGACUAUUUUAAUGCUUAAUAUUUUCAUCUGUGCCCUUCAGCUCCUGUUCUGGGGCUGAAUUCUGUGCUUUUUGUUCAAUAACUCCCCAUCGUUUUAUCUCAAACUCGGUUCACGUUAUACUUGGGGAGAUCUUCCGUGACGAGCCUGUUCGUCACGAGGCACUAGUUGUCACAUCCACCGACAUCACCCAAGUGACCCUCUGAGACAGAUGCAUCUCUCAGCAUGCCAGCCCUUCCAGGAGGAAUUCGGGGGGGGGGGGAAGGGUGGGGGCACAUAUUAACUUAGUCUAUUAUGUUUAGCUCCGUAGAUGUGGAGAAGGAAGGUAACUUGAAAGAGGAGAGAGAGUCUUUUGAGAGUGUGCCUCCCUUCCUGAAUUUUCAGGGCCUGUCGCUUGAAUCAGUAAGUAACCAGCAGCCUGGGUUUCAAAUCCCUACCUUCUUAUUCCAAAUAGCUGUCCACAUCGUCAGUUAAAGGAUGCGUCUUGCCGAGGGGGUGGGAUAUUUGCCCGUGAACCAGGAUCCCUGGGUUCCGUGGUUGGCCAUCUGUAAAACAGGACCAGCAACAUGGCAGUUCUGUAUCUGUGAAUGAGGUGGUAGAUGAAAUCGUGCUCCGAAGCCGUCGGCAUUCUCUGGCCAAAAAAACAAACGCCCAAGCCACCCACAGAUCAUCUUGACGCUUCAAGAUGGUAGCUGACCAUGACUGGAAAGCGCCAGAACCAUCCCAGGCACUUCCAGAACCAUGGAUUCUGCAUCUGAACUCUGCUAUGGGACAUCCAAACUCUGGGCUUUCAAAUGUCACCCGGUCCUAUGACCCACAAGGGACCCCGAGGCGAGAUGGGUAAGGGCCGUGCUUCUUUCCCGCAACAAGUCAGGCCAUGCUUGGCCUCUCCCUGAGAAUCUGAGCCGGGGCCUUAUCACCUUCUGUCACGAUCUGCCCAUCCCAUGCAGAAGUAGAAAAGCAUCCGAAGAAACAGAAAAAAAUAUCGAAUCCCUGUUUAAUUGGAAAGGCUUUCAGAAUUGGAGGCCUUGCUCAUUAAGGUGGACCACCCCCCUUCCAAGUGGUUUUUAGGCAAAGCAUUUGCUAGCGAUUUCCUAUAACAUGUUGUUGAGGCUCCCCUCACGCCCUGGUCUGCCUGUUGGGGUUGGCAUAGCCACAAGGAAACAAAACAUUUCCUACGCAAGCUGACCAGUAUUCUCUUCUUGGCAACAUCCACUACUCCAACGGACAACACUCUGGAUUCUAGACUUAAAAUCAGGAAACACGGGUUCUACUUCCUUAUAAAUCUAUGCACCUGCCUCACAGUCGCACUGAAGGAUGUUUGAGGUGGGCCGGAGAGGGCCUUGGACGCCAGAAAGAUCAACUCUGCCUCUGGUCAUUCCAUCACGAGGCAUCCGUUCUUUGUACCUCAAGCGUUGCGCUUUCCAGAAUCCAAUCCAAAGGCUGCCCCAGUAAGAGUCAAACGCCACCGUAGCACAUCGUAGUGUCACCCACCACCUCACGGAGCAGGCCUGCGCAGAACGAGAUAGGUUUUUGCAGGAGGUUUUUCACCUGUGUGUUCCGAGGACCCAGAAUGAAGCUAGCUCACGGGACCCCGAUGAGUAUCUGUUGCGUGAAUUAAUGAAUGAAGGAUGGAUAGGGGGUUGGCAGGAAGAGACACCGCGAGUGGCACAAAAGUCCUUCUGUCCUGAGUUCUCAAUGGCAAAAGCAGCAGACACCUCAGCCGUCAGCCUGAACAUUCACAUGUAAGUGCUACCAUCACCUAAUGACAAAUCCCAGCCACCUGUACAUGUACCUAGUGACAGAAGAGACUGUAACGGCCGUGCUUUUCCAACAAAAUUCCGUCUUGGUGCAUUUUCAAUCACCCAGAGGUCCCAGACCGCCACAUCGACAGACUUCGGUGAUCUUCGCCUCCGCGUACCUUGUAGCAGACACACGUGCAACUCACCCCCCCCCCCCCCAUUAGAGUAAUUGGGCCCGUGUGACUUCAGCCGAUCAUUUCUGAAAGGAACACCUUGUGCUUGGCCAGGGAGCAUUUUCGAAGAAGGGCAUGGAGCGAGAUGGAAGUAAGGCGAGAACCCAUCUCAGACCGGCCUGUGGCCCCCAAGGUGACCUGGAUGGCGAUGGGAGUCCGCCUGCGUUCAUCUGUGACUCUGCCUCUUACAUCAAAUCAGUGUGUAUUUGCUGAGUGUCUAUUGCUCGAGUCCUUGUGCGUGUCCGUCCAUUUCAAUUUGAGAUAUGACUCUGGGUGUGGGUUAAGUGACAUAGCGCUCCAAAUGACGCUGGAUAGAGAGGGUAGGGUUGGAAGAGAGGCUCCCCGGGGGCAGUUCCUUUGGGGUGUAAAGGAGUCCUGGAGGGAGGUAGUCCCAGCCCGAGCCAGAUCGAGGCGAGGACCCCCCCAAAGACAGACCUAGUCUUCGUGAUUUGUUUCUGCCGCCUGUGUUUGCUGUUGUCAGUGCUAAGCGUGUGUCUGUUUCGCAGUCAUGAACUGAAGUACAAAAAGACGCAUGAGACGUUGUAGUCAUACGUCUGGUGUCACAUUGGGGAACACCGACCUUUCAAUGGUAAAUAAAUAAUUUCCAACCAGG